UCAGAGAGCAGCAACGUCUGUCCUCAGCUGAGAGAGACAGGAUUCAAAACAACACGGGAGGCGAAGUAGAGUGGUCAUGGAUCAGGUGGAGGAGAUAAUUACUGAUUUACUGGACAAGAAGUAUUUAUUCACUGGUUUUGUGCAGGGCAAGGCAGAAUGGGAGAGUGCCACGCUGAUCAAGGUAUACCAGCGCCUCCUCAGCGUGCACAGUGAGGGGUUUGACUAUGAGGAGGAGGCAGCUCAACCCGCCCAACACCAGCAACACAUUUGCAAAUGCCUCAGACUGCUGGGCAUUGGUCAUCUGGCACCCAGGUCGCAGGAUUUGGUGGACAAGUCUCGGGCGCUUCGGAUCAUUUCAGCUCUGGACGACAAGAUCUCGGCCAAGUACAAGUCCCACAUUGCUGCUCGCAGGAUCAGAGUUAUCUUAAAAAAAGAGCAGAAGAAUAAGACACACAAACCAAAGCCACGGCCAGUCACUGAUACUGUUAAGGAAGAUUUGAGCCAAGAUGAUGUAUGCCCUGUUGUCCCUCUGCCCAAACCCUGUGUGGCCCAGCAGAACCCAGUACCAGAGAAGACCAAACCAGAGGCUAUACAAAUCAAUAAGAGUCAGUCCAAAGCUUGUGCUUCCAAACCUGCACCACCUCCUGCAUUGCCUCCUGCAUCACCAAAAGACUUAAUUCCAUCAGGGCGGCAGCUAAAAAGGACUCCAGAACACACCAUUGCUUCACAACCUGAAAAUGUGUAUUACAAGCCACAAUUAUCCAAUAUUUCCCAAAUGGAUCAUGAUAUUUGUCACAUGAAUAAUGUCAAUAUGACUCCUGUUUCUUCUCGGCUUCCUUGUACGUCGCGUAGUGCUGACAAUACUUUUCCAUGCUCUACUUCUGAGCCGUUAUGUGAUGGCGUUGAGUCUGAAGUGAAGGAAUGUGCAAAGUCUCACUGCUCUAGUGAGUCUUAUAUGCCACCUGUGCCCUUCAGCCAAGAUGUUUCUCCACAAAGUGAUCAUGGUGUGGAUACUGAGGAUGAGGUAUUAGGUCAGGAAAAAAGAAACGCAAUUCCAACUGGUCACCAAAUUCCAAGGACUCCCAAAGUAAAAGAUAAAAUGUUAAAGUUGUAUCUGGAAGAAGACACAUGUUCUAAUGAGGAAGCACAUGAUACAGGAUUACCACUAGAUAUCCCUGAGAGAUGUGGAAAAAGAGAUUUCACACAAGGGGAAGAAAAUGGGAGUGUUGAACAGAAAACAUCCCAUAUGGCUAGUAAUGAACCUUCACCACCUUUUCACUUACCACUUCAAGCAAUUAAAAUGCUCCACAUCACAAGUCCUACUGAGAGUUCUGAUGAUUCUCCACGGGCAGUUGAUGGAGGGUUGCCAGUGCAUUGUGUGCUAUCCCCUCCUUCAGGUUACAAGAAUGAUGAAACUUUUUCAAAUACUUGUUCAAAAUCAUUGGAAGGAACUCUCAUGUCUGAAUUUUCACCAUUAAAGUCACUAUCAGAAAAUCACUCUCCAGAAGAUGGCUGUGUGCAGACAAACAUGACACAAGUUAUGGUUUCUCGUAACAAAAAUUUGGGAACUGUAUUUCAUGGUUAUGAAAGUCCACCUUCAUCUGAUAGCAGUUGUGAAAACUCAACAUUUCAAGACAGUCUUAAUGAAAGCCCAGUGCUUGUAAGAAAUUAUAACAGCCCAUCAUCUUCAGUCGUAGCCUCUGGAGAAAUGAAUAAAAGUUCAUCUUCUGAAGGCACUCUUAGCGCUGAAAGUCCAGCCUCUAUCAUCAGUAAUAAUGAAGGAACCUUUGUGUGUAAUACUGAAGGCACUUAUAUCUUGGGUAAUGAAGGAACAUAUGUCUGCAAUUCUGAAGGUACUGAAAUAACUUUUAGCUGCAAGACUGAUGGUACUUAUGUCUUGGAUAAUGAAGGGACAUUUGUUUGCAGUUCAGGAAGCACUAAUGUUUGCAGUAAUGAAAAAACACAUAGUAUUGAUAAUGAAAGAACUUACAUCUGUAACAUUAAAAGUACAUGUGAAGAACCUAAGAGUGUAGAAAAAACAAUGGAAAAUAUUGGUAUUGAAAAUGAGGACAAUUCAGAUUGUUUGUUCACCAAGUAUGGUUCUGAGGAUGACCAGAAGCAUUUUAUUGCUAAUGAAAAAGAUGUAUCAGUGUUGUGUGAAAACCUUGAGCUAAAUUGUUCACUCAAAGAAAAUAUUUCCCCUGGAGUGUUAGACAGUGAGGUGAGCCAUGCUGAACAAGGCACACCACUUGCUCAGAAUGCUACUUAUAUCUUGUCGGCUAAGAAGCUACCUGGCAAAACAAGUCGUAAUGUAAUGAAAAGAGAACCAUUCAAAGAUCUAAAUGAUACAUCUAUUAUUCAAAGGGAACAUUUGAGUGAGAAAAUUAAUUCAGAGAAAAGCAUUGCAGAUAUUAAAGAAAUCAUUAAAGAUAAAACAACAUUUAAUGCAACCUCCUCAGCAGAGAAUGACACAGUUAUUCAUCAAAUGCUAAAUGAAAAAUUGUAUAUGAGGGACGACAACGACUCUUUUGAAAUAUUCUUACACAAACGUAAGGCACCUCGAGAGAAUGACAAAGCUUUGGGUAUCUUUGCUCACCUUACUGAGAAACCACCAGAAGCAGGUAAUCCUGGUGAAGCUAAGAAGGCUACUAGAGAUCUUGAAUGUCCCAUACUAAAUGAACCUAAAGUUGUUGGAAAGAGUCUGGGAAAGAAAAAAGUGGUUGAAGAAAACUGUGAGCAAGAUCCAUUGGAAGAGACAGAAACUGGAACAGAAAAUUUUGUGGGUGUGCAUUUUGACAAAAGUAUGAAGAUGGUUUUGAAAGAAAGUAAUAAGCAAAAUAAAAAAGAAAGACUUAAGAUGACUGGCAAGGAAGCAGACACAGGAGAUGAAGAGGAGACUAUAAGCAGACAGAAGAAAGGAAAAUGUCUAAAUAAAACUUGUGAUGUAACUGAUGUACACAAGCAGAAGGAAGCAGAUGUGGAGUUUGUGAAGGAGACGGCUCGUGGUAGGAGAUGCAAACAAAUGAAGAACUAUGAUGAAAAUUUGUCUCCCAGUUGUGUGAUUGAGUCAGAUGAUGAUAGCUGGAUUUUUACUGAAAAAAAUAGGAAAAAGGCAAAAAGUAAUGCAAAGAAGAAUAAAGAAAACCAGAAUAGCAGAUAUGGUAAGGAAAAAGGUAACAAUAAUGCUGCCAGUAAAGGGAAUACUGAAGAAAUUGAAAGGAAGACAAAAGAUGAAGCUAGUGAUAAUGAAAAUAUAGUGAAGUGUACAGAUCAAAACAAAAUGGAUGUGGAUGAAUCUAGUCAAGAAAUGGAUAUGAAAUCUGAGAGUCACCAGAAGGAAAUUCAAGACGCAAUCCCUGAAAAUAAAAUCCCAGAAAAACCUAAGGGUCAGAAAAACAAGAAUGAAGAAGUCCCUUAUGAUGAGGACCUUGUGAGAUCUAAGGGUGAAAGUAAGGAAACUAAAGGCCCUUUGAAGCCAAUGGGAAAGAGUAAAAAAGGUGAGGAAGACCCUGAUAUUGAAGCCCCUGUGAAACGAAGGGGUAGAAAAAAGAAAACUGAGGACGUCCCAGUGAAGCUGAAGGAAAGGAACAAAAAUAAUGAAGAAGUCCCUGAUGGUGAAGUUUCUGUGAAGCCAAGAGGUAGGAAAAAGAAAACAGAUUUAGUCCCUGAUAAUGAAGUUCCUGAAAAGCCAAAAGGAAGGAGCCAGAAAAGGGAAGGAGUCUCUGAUGAGGUUCCAGUGAAGCCAAAGGGAAGAAGUAAAAAAAGUGAAAACUCGGAUAAUGAAGCCCGUGUGAAUGCUAAGGGCAAAAGUAAGAAUCCUGAAGAAAUCCCUGAAAAUGAAACCAGUGAGAAACAUGAAGCUGAAAGUAAGAAAUCAGAAGUCUUGGGUAAUGAAACCUUUAUGAAACCAAAGGGUAGAAAAAAGAAAAAUGAAGCAGUUCCUGAUAAUGAAGCCCCUCUAAAACCAAAGGCUGGAAGAAAGAAAACUGUUGAAUUUACAGAUAAAGAAGUGUCUGAUGAUGAAGUGCUUAUGAAGGGAAGAAGGAAUAAAAGUGAAGAAACAAUUGAAAGUGAAGCCCAUGCGAGAUGUGAGGCUGACAGCAACAAAACUAAUGAAUUCCCAGAGAAGCCAAAAGAAAGCAGCAAAAAAAUUGUUGUCCCCGAUAAUGAAAUUCCUGUGAAGCCAAGAGGAAGAAGCAAGAAAACUGAAGAAGCUCCUGAUAUUGAAGCCUCAGUGAAACCAAAGGGCAGAAGAAAAAAAACUGAUGAAGAUCCUGUGAAACCAAAAGCUAAUAGUAAGAAAGCUGAUAAAAUCCCACAAAAUGAAACGUAUGUGAAUUGUGAGACUGAAACCAAGAAAACUGAAGAGCUCCCUGAAAUUGAAGCCUCAGUGAAGCCAAAGGGUAGAAGAAAGAAAUCUGAUGAAGUCACAGAUGAAGUGUCAGUAAAACCAAAGGGAAGAAGCAAGAAAGAUAAAGAAGCCCCUGAUGAAGAAGUCCUGGUGAAGCCAAAGGGAAGGAGCAAGAAAACUGAACUCCCUGAAAUUGAAACUUCUAUGAAAGCAAACGGUAGAAAAAAGAAAACUGAAGAGGUCCCUGAUAAAGAAACCCCUGUGAAGCCAAAAGGAAGGACCAAGAAAACUGAAGCUCCCAAUGAAGAAGCACCUAUGAGACCAAAAGGUAGAAGAAAGGCAAGUGAAGAAGAAGCAAGUAAUGAAGCUACUGUGAAACCUAAGGGUAGAAGGAAGAAAGCUGAAGGGGUCCCUGAUGAAGCUCCCGUGAGAGUUAAGGGAAGGCAGAAAUCAAAGGGAACCCCAAAGACUGAAAACCAAACUUCGGAUGAUGAGAUGGAAGUGGAGUGUAGAGAUAAUGAAGAGAAAGGUAGUGUGAGAGAAGCCACUGGUAGUGAAACUGAGAAGAUUAAUAAGAAAAUUCAAGGUUCAAAUGAAAAGGACACUGAUGGGGAAUCUAAUGCUGGAGUAACACGGGGGAGAAGAACGUGUAAAGCCAAAGCUAGGGCAGCAAUAUCAGAGCUCCUUAAUGAUUCUUGGUCCUAAAUGUUGAUGAAGCAAUGGUUUGCUACACUGUUAAAUUUAUCUAACAAUGCUUGCCUUAAUAUAAUUCUGAAAGCUGGUAUUUUUGAGUGGAAGUUCUGUUCACACAUGAAAAUCUAAUGUAUAUAUGCUUGGAAUAGUUUUUCUUGCUUGCACAAUUUAAGUUUAAUAAUACUCAGUUCAUGCAUAAUGUUCUUAUUAUAUCAUACAAGUUAAAAUGAACAAGUAAUUUUUGAUUACCAAUUUUGGUAUCAAAAUGCCUCUGUAGUGUGCCAAAUGCAUUGUACUGCAAGAUGACAUUAGCAGCAGCAACUUGAAUGGUUUGUCUUGAUAGCUUUAAAAAUUGUAAUUACAGUGCUUACCUCACAUCUAAGAGCUCCAGCCCUUCAUUCAGUCUUGUCAGUGUAAAUUGAAAUUUUUACUUUUAUUUUCAUUUAGGUAGAAAUAAACAAACUUGUCUUUCUGUGCUUGUUGCUGUUGAUAUAUGCUUGACUUUUAGCUAAGUGAAGCACACUGAUUUGUACACUGUAAAGUUUGUGAAGAUAACAAACUUGAUUUGUAAAUAGUGGCAGAUUAUAUUUUUACAAGCUUAGAA